AUGGCAUUUUAUCCCCUGCAGAUUGCUGGGUUGGUUCUUGGAUUCUUCGGCAUGAUUGGGACCCUUGCCACCACGCUUCUGCCUCAGUGGAGGGUGUCGGCUUUUAUUGGCAGCAACAUCAUCAUCUUUGAACGACUCUGGGAAGGGCUCUGGAUGAAUUGCAUCCAACAAGCCAGGGUCACGCUCCAGUGCAAGUUCUAUACCUCCCUGUUGGCUCUCCCACCCGUGGUCGAAGCAUCCAGGGCCCUCAUGUGCGUGGCGGGUGCCCUGUCCUUGGUGGCUCUUCUCAUCGGCAUCUGCGGCAUGAAGCAGAUCCAGUGCACGGGCUCCAGCGACAGGGUCAAAGCCUACCUGCUGGGAACGUCGGGAGUCCUCUUCAUCCUGACCGGCGUCUUCGUCCUCAUCCCCGUGAGCUGGACCGCCAAUAUCAUCAUCAGGGAUUUCUACAACCCAAACAUCCACGUGGCUCAGAAGCGAGAGCUGGGAGCGGCGCUGUUCCUGGGCUGGGCGACGGCGGCCGUGCUCUUCAUUGCGGGGGGCCUGCUCUGUGGGUACUGCUGCUGCAACAGAAAGAAGCGAAGGCACCGGUACCCAGCGCCCCCCUGCCCCGGGCCCCGCAGAGAUAACCACAAGAAAGUGGUCGUGCCCAGUAAGGCCUCCACCAGUUACGUCUGA